AUGACGGAGAGACAGAACGAGGGAGAGCGGUUAGAGGAGAUGAGUGGCAUACAGAUGGGUGCAGAGCGGUACCGGAGCAGCGAGCCGACCUCAGUAGCUGCAAUACUGCUGAUGAACACAUGGGAAGCAGUGGGGCGGCAGGGAGGACACGUGUCACGAUACGAUUGGAGCAGCCUAUUCCACGUGGGCUAUUCGCCGAUCCGUUUGAGCUGGAGAGAAUCGUGCGACCAGGUGUGGGGGCUGGGGGAGCUAGUGGGCGCAUGGGAUGGUGAGAAGAGGGAGAGAAUGGCGCAGAUGGAGUGGGCAGCGCAGCUGACGCACAGCUGGAGCGAAUCCUGCGACCAGCGGGCGACCGAGCCUGAGUGCCGCCCUUCACAGCAACCACUCCACUCUCUCCUCUCUCUCACGGGCCAUCACCGGCAUCUGCAGCCAAUCACACGCAGCGGUUUAUGUGCCCUUGCCUUCCGCAUGCCUCUUGCUCCCUCCUCCCCCCACCUUUGGUCAUCACAACCAGCACCUGCAGACGGAAAAACGGACCUGUCGGCGGGAGCAGCAGGGCUGGGAGGAGACUCGGAGGGCGCCGAAGCAGCAGCAGCAGAGGGAAGACGCGACGAGGAGCGGGGGGAGGAGGGGGAGGAAGGGGCGUUGCUGUGGGAGGUGCCGGCGGGGUGUGCUGCCCACACGCCCGUGGUGCUGUGGGAGCCAUCCCUCUGGGAGCGCACUGGACCAGAGCCAUCCCGUUGGGAGCGCACCGGACUAGAGCCAUCCCUCUGGGAACGCACCGGACCAGAGCCAUCCCUCUGGGAGCGCACCGGACCAGAGCCAUCCCUUAGGGAGCGCACCGGACCAGAGCCAUCCCUCUGGGAGCGCACUGGACCAGAGCCAUCCCUUAGGGAGCGCACCGUACCCAUGCCAUCCCUCUGGGAGCGCACCGGGCCAGAGCCAUCCCUCUGGGAGCGCACCGGACCAGAGCCAUCCCUUCGGGAGCGCCACGGGCCUGAGCCAUCCCUUGGGUGCCCACUGGGCUUGAUGCCAACCUGA